UCUCGGUAGUUCCUCAGCAGCCAGUGGGCGUCUCCGCGGCGAGUGGAAUCGACCCCGCCCCCAGCCCGUGCUCGCAGGUGCCGGGUUCCAAGUCCCGCGGUCCCCGGUUCCCAGAGAGAGUCCUUUUAGGACGUUAUGACUUUUCUCCUUUGCAAGACUUCAAAAAACUGACAGGAAGAUAAAACUCUUCCCACUGCCAGGAACCGCGUUGUCUUGAGUUUGGCUAGUAAAGGCUAGCAAGUGAGGCCUUGUCUCUGCAUCCUGUUCUCCCUAACAUCCUCAGAGAACCUUCGUUUUUGAGUCUUUCUAGUAUUCAGAGACUUAUCCAGGGUCAUGAUCCCAAAGGCUUAACCCGUUUACAAGGAGAGAGUUGUCUCCUGACCCCCAAAAUGGCAGCUAAAAUGGAGAUAACUUUAAGCUCCAACAACGAAGCUUCCUCCAAGCAAGAGAGACACAUAAUAGCCAAACUAGAAGAGAAACGGGAGCCUACUCUGCAAAAAAACUGCCCCGAUCCUGAACUCUGCCGCCAGAGCUUCAGACGCUUUUGUUAUCAAGAGGUGUCUGGACCCCAGGAAGCACUCUCCCAGCUCCGACAGCUCUGCCGUCAGUGGCUGCAACCCGAGCUGCACACCAAGGAGCAGAUUUUGGAGCUUCUGGUGAUGGAGCAGUUCCUGACCAUCCUGCCCCCAGAUAUCCAGGCUCGGGUCAGGCAUCGAUGUCCAAUGAGCAGCAAGGAGAUUGUGACCCUCGUGGAAGAUUUUCACAGAGCAUCCAAGAAACCAAAGCAGUGGGUGGCCGUUUGUAUGCAGGGGCAAAAGGUGCUCUUGGAGAAAACUGGAUCUCAGCUUGGAGAACAGGAACUGCCAGACUUUCAACCGCAGACUCCUCGGAGAGAUCUCAGGGAGAGCUCUCCAGCAGAGCCUUCCCAGGCGGAGGCUUAUGACCGGCUGAGCCCCCAUCAUUGGGAGAAAUCCCCACUCCUCCAAGAACCAGCCCCCAAAUUGGCUGGGACAGAGGCCCCCAGAAUGAGAAGUGACAACAAGGAAAAUCCACAACAGGAAGGGGCUAAAGGAGCAAAGCCAUGUGCAGUGUCAGCUGGCAGAUCCAAAGGGAAUGGUCUGCAGAGUCCUGAACCGAGAGGGGCAAAUAUGAGUGAACCUCGGUUAUCACGGAGGCAGGUCAGCCCCCCAAAUGCUCAAAAGCCAUUUGCUCACUACCAGAGACAUUGCAGGGUGGAAUACAUCAGCAGCCCCCUAAAAAGCCACCCACUGAGAGAGCUGAAGAAAAGCAAAGGAGGUAAACGGAGCCUGAGCAACCGUUUGCAACAUCUUGGUCACCAGCCCAACCGCUCAGCAAAGAAACCCUACAAAUGCGAUGACUGUGGGAAAAGCUUCACAUGGAAUUCAGAGCUGAAGAGACACAAGAGAGUCCACACAGGAGAGAGACCCUACACGUGCGGAGAAUGUGGAAACUGCUUUGGGCGGCAGUCAACCCUGAAGCUGCACCAGAGGAUCCACACUGGAGAGAAGCCAUACCAGUGUGGCCAGUGUGGGAAAAGCUUUCGCCAGAGCUCAAACCUUCACCAGCAUCACAGGCUCCACCAUGGGGAUUGAAAGGAGCACUCCAUGCUUUAGAUUCACAAGGAAGGUGUUUGUGUUUCUCCUCCCCCUUACUUGCAUGUAAAUCACAAAGACUGUGUGACUUACAAGGAAAGCAAGAGGCCCAUGAGGAAUGAUGAUGCACAUUUUGCUGUGAGGAGGCCCAGAAAAGGCCAACCAGGGCCCAACCAUGCAUGAUGACACGGUGAAGAGAUGGCAGUUCUAGGUAUUGGGGCAAAGGGAACUUAAGUCUCUGCAGAGAGCAAGGAGUAACUACUGAGAGAGAAUCAGGACAAUCCUGCAGGUGGCCUGCUUAUUGUUAAAUCGUCCUUCUGUUGCUUUAUCCUCUAAAAUAUGUUAAGGGAUAAAUUCUAUAUAUAGUUAUGCAUUUGCUGUCAUACCAGACAAUUUUUUAUCAUGCACACGCUUCUUUAAUAAAGAUGAGUGAUCUACCAGAA